AAAGAGAAGAAUUCGUGAAGUCAUGCCGAUAGCCAGUGAGGUUUUGGAGGGUGACCUGCCGCUGAGGGUCAAUUAUCUUCAGCUGGAAACCAAGAAGAGAGCUGCGACAGACAACACGAAUCACGAGAGCAAGCGAUGCGUCCAAAAGAAGAAGAAGUUUACGCCCGACUCGGAGCUGAGGUUCAAGCUGGAGAGCUGCUCGAAAGUGGGGGACGUGACUGGAGCUUUAGACAUUUACGACUCCAGCAAGGAUCAAGGUGUGAAGCUGAGCCAGUAUCACUACAACGUUCUCUUGUACCUGUGCUCGUCGGCUGCAUUGGGAGUGAUCGUUCCGGGGAAAGGCAGCAGGCAUCAGAAAAGUUCUUCGGAGGUGGCAGCCACCGUAGAAGACGAGGGGAUUUUGUUCCGGGGAAACAUGACCGCUUUGGUGCCACGAAACACCACGGGCUUGUCGCAAGAAGUGAUGAAGCUGGCACUGGAUAGGGGCCUGGAGAUUUACGAGCGGAUGAAACUCGAAGGUAUCUCGGCGAACGAGGCGGCCUUCACGUCCAUUGCAAGGCUCGCUGUUGCUAAACGGGAUGGCGACUUGGCCUUUUCGCUUGUGAAAGAGAUGACAACGUCCGGGAUCACUCCCAAGCUGAGGUCUUACGGUCCAGCGCUCUACACUUACUUCAAGUCCAACCGGGUUGACAAGGCGUUUGAGGUUGACGAUCAUAUGCGCUCCUUCGGUGUCCAGCCAGAGGAGAUGGAGCUCCAAAUUUUACUAGAGCUGAGCUUGAAGGCGGGACAGGAGCAAAGAGUGUACUCGGUGCUACACAGGUUGAGGCGCUCAGUGCGAGAAGUUUCUCCAUCCACGGCUACUACUAUUGAGAGAUGGUUUUCAAGCGACGCUGCUUCGUCCAGUGGGAGUGACAAGAAGUAUGACGACGAGGACGUUAGAAGAGCUCUGGCAGCACAAGGUGGUGGUGGUCUCGAACUCGGCUGGAUCGGCUCCGGGAGAUGGAGUGUAAAGCGCACAGCUUUGGACGCGAGCGGAGUAUGCGAAAGCUGCAGGCACAAGAUGGCCGCUGUCGAUCUUAACGCAGAAGAAACGAACAGGUUUGCGGAGAAUCUGGCUGCUCUGGCUUGUGAGAAAGAACGCGACGCAAAUUCUUUCAAGGAGUUCCAGGAGUGGAUGGCCGAGCAUGGACCAUUUGAUGCCAUAGUGGAUGGCGCAAACGUUGCCUUGUUCAAUCAGAACUUCAGUGCUGGAGGAUUCAGUUUCUCACAGUUGAAUUCCGUCGUGACCGAGCUAUCAAAUCAGCAUGGGAAGUCACCCUUGGUGAUCUUGCAUAAAAGGCGCGUCACUGGAGGGCCAGCAGCUUCUCCCCAAUCUCAGGAACUAUUGAAGCAGUGGACUGCAGCGAAUGCUCUGUAUACCGCUGCGACGGGAUCAAACGACGACUGGUAUUGGCUUUACGCCGCCGUGACGUGCAAGUGUUUGCUGGUUAGCAACGACGAGAUGAGAGACCAUCUCUUUCAGAUGCUUGGGAACGAUCUAUUUCCUCGGUGGAAGGAGCGACAUCAGGCUCGCUUUGGGUUCUCGAAUAGCAACCCGUUUUUCGACAUGCCGCCCCCAUAUUCUACGGUGAUCCAGGAAUGCGAGAAUGGUUCUUGGCAUUUCCCGAUUAGCAGAGGCAACGAUGAAGAUGAUGAAGCCGAGGAGCCGCACAAGCAGCCGCGAUCUUGGCUUUGCAUCAGACGCGACGAGGAAACAAAGUAAUUGAAUGAGACGAAGGAAAAAAAUGUGUUAAAAAGAAGAGGUUUUUUAGGGCUCUUCCCUGUCAAUGGUGAAAAUCGCCAGGAGCUCAA